UUGAAAACAUUUUCUUCCGCAUUGUCCGCUGGGAGCCUCGAAGAGCCGUCAUGGAGUGCCCAAGGGACGUAGAGGAAACAAAAGUGCGGUCCUGCCCGGACUUCCGUCACCCCCAUUUUCGUCCCAUCUCUUAGGUGCCACGCUUUUGCCAGCAUGACCGCUUCGUUCUGGGACCUCAUGAAGCGCUCCAGUGCCUCGCAAAAGCCGCCCUCGACGUCGUCGUCGUCGACCAAGAUCCAGAAGAUGGCGCCGGGCCUGAAGACAGACUCUGUGCGCUCCGGCAGCAUCGAUGUCAUGUCCAUGUCCACGACAUCGUCGACCGUCUCUCACGAAGACGACUACCGAAAUACUCUCAGCGAUGUUGUGGUGGUGGGCGCGGGGCCCGCAGGGCUGAUGCUCGCGGACAAUCUGGUGCGGUACGGCAUCAAAACACGCAUCAUCGACGACCGGCCCGACAGAACUUCCACGGGACGCGCUGACGGAAUCCAGCCCAAGACUAUUGAGACCCUGCGCCAGAUGCGCCUGGCCGAGCCGUUGCUGCGGAAGGGCGUGAGGAUAUACGACAUUGCCUUCUGGAAGUCGACCCCCCACCAGUCGCUGCGUCGCACUGGCCGCGAGAUCCACUACCCGCCUAUUGUCGACCUGCUCGACCCCUACAUCCUCCUCGUGCACCAGGGGAUGGUGGAGCAGCUCUUCCACGACGACCUCAAGGAACGAGGGGUCGACGUGGAGCGGGCAACGGUGUUUGUCGAUUUUGACUAUACUCCCCAAAAGGUCAGGCCGCUGCAGAUCACGUGCAAGCAGGCCGACCACACCAAGAGGACAUAUGGAACGCGCUACCUGGUUGGGUGUGACGGUGCGCAUUCGCAAGUGCGCAAGUGCCUGCCAGACGCCCGGCCAGUGGGUGCUUCCUACGACGCCAUUUGGGGCGUUUUGGAUGGAGUGCUGGAUACAGACUUUCCCGACAUCUGGAGCAAGGUUAUCGUGCACUCGGAGGAGCUUGGCUCGAUCCUAAUGAUCCCCCGUGAGAGGAAUCUGACGCGAUUGUACAUUGAACUGAAGCCGGAUACAAAGGAGAGCACGGCCAGAGAACGGCUCACACAGGAGUUCGUCAUGAAGCGCGCUCAGGAGAUCAUGAAUCCGUACAGCCUUCAGUGGAGGAGUAUUGAAUGGUUCAGUCGCUAUAAGAUUGGACAGCGAGUAGCCAACAGAUUUACGGAUCACGAUCGAAAGGUGUUCAUUGCCGGAGAUGCUAGCCAUACCCACUCGCCCAAAGCUGCCCAAGGAAUGAACACUUCAAUGCAUGACGCCUGGAACCUCGCCUGGAAGCUCAACUUUGCUGUUCGCGGUCUCGCCAAGCCAGCCCUCCUCGCAACGUACGAGCUGGAGCGCAAGAAGAUUGCAGAAGAUCUAGUCAAUUUCGAUUUCGAGCACGCCAAUGCCUUUGCGGCCGGCGACCCCGAGGCCCUGGCAGCGAACUUCGUGAAGCACCAGGCCUUCAUCUCAGGGUAUGGCGUCAACUACGACUACAACGUCUUGAACAUUCCAUCCAAAGGCCACGGCCUGGGACAGCUUAGACCAGGAUACCUACUUCCUCCAGCCAAGGUCACGCGUUUCAUCGACGCCAACCCUGUCGACAUCCAGACCGACAUUCCGGCACUAGGGCAGUUCCGCAUUUAUUUCUUUUGCCGCGACGUGCACGUUGCAAAGCCAUUCUUAGAUGCUGUGUGUAACAUGCAUCAGUCUAUGUCAUGCUAUGUCGGACGAGUUACCCUAGCUGGAAACGCGUCAUACACCAUUCAGCCGCCAUUAGCCGCACCACAUGACGAGUUUGUGUGUCCGGAGCGGUACACCCCAGUGAGCGGUGUUUUCACGUAUGCAUUGGUCACGGAUAUGCCACGAUAUGAGAUCGAGAUUGAAGAUCUUCCAGCGACUCUACGAGAUUCGAGAUGGACUUUCUACCUGGACGAUUGCCCGGAUAAAGAUACCCGCAAGCAGAAAUGUCUGGACAAGUGGCUAGAUGGUUUGGACGAAGAUGAAGUGGUCGUUCUCAAUGUCAGGCCUGAUGGAUAUGUCGGCACACUACGACGGUGGCCGAACGGGAGUAGAGAGAGUGGGUUGAGCGCGGUGAGGUGGAUGGAUGAGUAUUAUGAACAAUUUCUAUGCGAUAUAUGACGGAGAUGGGCGGUUGUUGUUUUCUUCUACAUAGACCAUUGCAUGCGACUGGCGUUUUCGGUGUUGCUAUGUCCACACUCAAAAGAUGUAAGUACCUAAUAUAAUUUGAUCAAUCUCAAUAUUAGAUCAGCC